CCAAUUAUUCCAAUUCAAUCCAAAAUCUCACCAAAUACUUCUUCUCUCAAGUUUCAUUAAUAUUUCUUUAGUAAUCUGAAAAGCAAAGCACUAGAGUUUCUUAAUUUCAUGAUGAGUUCAGCAAGCAGAGCAUGGACAGUAGCAGCAAGUGUUGGAGUUGUGGAGGCCUUGAAAGACCAAGGCUUGUGCAGGUGGAACAGUGUCAUAAGAUCAGCUCAACAUCAUGUCAAAAACCAUUUGAGAUCAUUGCCUCAGGCAAAGAAGCUUUCCUCCUCAUCCUCCUCUUCUGCUAUGGUUUCCAGCAGAUCAUUAAAGGAAGAAGAAGCAAAAAAGUCAGAGGAAUCCUUGAGAACAGUCAUGUACUUGAGCUGCUGGGGUCCCAACAAUUAACUAGGGCUAGAGUCACCAGGGCAAUCACAAAAGAUUGUGUUUCUGAUUGAACCUGUAAUGGUGCAAUUGUAUAUAGGAUAUCCAGAACUGGUUUUCCAUUGUGACAGAAAUUGAUGUAAAUUUUGAUAAAUGGAAGAUGGAAAAGCUAAGAAUUAAUUCCAA